AUGAAGGUCUUCCUGCCCGUGCUGCUGGCCGCCCUCCUGGGCGCGGAGCAGGCCCACUCGCUGGUGCGCUUCUCAUGCACCAACCAGCAGGGCAACUCCUACUGCCUGAGGCCCACCGUGUGCGAGGACACCGACAACUACUGCGUGACCGUGCACGCGGCCGCCGGCAUCGGGAACGUGGCGGACUUCGGCUACAGCCUGCACAAGGGCCGCUCCCCCAUCUGCCCGCGCCGCCUGGCACCGCUGCCAGAGCUUCCUGUGCAACUUCAGCAGCGCCGCGGGCUGCGGGCCAGCCCCGCCCUGCUGGGCCUCCGGCUGCUGCUCAGCCUGCUGGCCCGGCCCCUGACCCCUGACCCCUGA